CUACUUUUAAGGAUUGCGCGAAAUCAACACUCGGGCAUCCCGAACUUACUUAAGUAGGCCGUUGGCCAAUUAUUCUUCAGUCGCGGGUGUUUCUGAGAGAGCAAACAUCAACGAUCAUGGCGGACAAGGAGAAGAAGGUUAAGAAGAAGAAGAAGGAAGACGCAGGUGAAGCGCCUGCUGCCGCCCCAGCUCCUGCAGCUGAAACCCGCACCUCAUCCAAGAGCUCCUCGAAGAGGGCGAAACGUUCCGGAUCCAAUGUCUUCUCCAUGUUCUCGCAGAGCCAAGUGGCAGAGUUCAAGGAAGCCUUCCAGCUGAUGGACCAUGACAAAGAUGGCAUCAUCAGCAAGGAAGACUUGAGGGCCACCUUCGACGCUGUUGGUAAAAUCGCCAGCGAGAAGGAACUGGACGAGAUGGUUCGCGAAGCACCUGGACCAAUCAAUCUCACGCAGUUGUUGGGCCUUUUCGGUUCUCGUAUGGCUGAUUCUGGUGGUUCGGACGAUGACGAUGUUGUCGCCGCUGCCUUCAGGUCUUUCGACGAAAACGGAACCAUCGACAGCGAAAAGUUCAGGCACGCCCUUAUGACCUGGGGUGACAAGUUCUCAGCCAAAGAAGUCGACGAUGCAUUCGAUGCUAUCGAUAUCGACGACAACGGCAGAAUCGACACUCAAGGAGUCAUCACUCUCCUCACUGCCGCCGCUGAGGAAGAGGGAGAGGGCGAAGCCGCCUAAACACUUUCAUCACUCAAAGACACUUUGCCACUGAAAACCCGCGAACGGCUGUCACGUGACACUAAAGGAGCUCAUCAUUAAGAUCUUUUUUUUUUGGUGUGAGAUGUGCACAACUUGCUAUGGGUCGCCCCCUACAUCGCAGCGAUCAGUUUAAUUUUAAAAUAAAUUUACUUUCUUAAUAAACAAUUACAUUUCC